AUGGCAGCAUCUCUUGGCUCUCUGUGCAAGACAGGGGCAGAAAUCAGACUCCUGAAAAUAAACCAAGGGCUUCAAUUCCAGCUGGGAAAAAGCAAGCAGGACUUCUGAGACCUUAAGGAGAAAUUCUUUAUAUCUGAAGCUACUGCCUACUUCCUGGCCAACCAACUGCAGAAAUACACUAAAGAUCAGGAUAAAGAACUGACCCAUUUGUAUGAGAAGCUACGGGAAGGGAAAGAUGUUUCCCAACUACUCAAUAAGUACCUCGAGGACCUCCUCACCCAAAAUGACAAUGAGCAUUGCCAAGGACAGGACUUCCAAGAGCAAAUGGCUGAGGGACACAGGCAGGCCAAGUGCCUUGCCUGAAAGCUCAGCCCAGACAGACGUCCCCUUGAGGACACUGAAGCCCACAUGGGGGUCAUGAAGUCCCUGGUGGAGGGAUGUGGGAAAGGCUGGUUGUCCUGUCAUGAGGGCAAGGAGGAAGCUCUAUGUGAGUGCCGUGAAUGCACAGACAGGGAGCUGCAGGAAGUUGAGAAGAAGGAAGUCCCACAGGACACAGAGGAUGAAUGUGUUCUGACUCCUUCAACUCUGCAAGAAGGGUGUGACAGUGACCAGGCUUACAAUGAUGGCGAGUUCCCAUUAAAUGAACAGGAAUUGGGCUCUGCUCCAGAUUUAGCCUGUGAAUGCUCCCAUUCCAAAGGGGAUGAAACUCCACGUGCCCCCUCAGAAAGUCAAGAUGAUCUUGGGGAAGAAAAUGGACAACAACCAAUGUGCUCCAGCAUGGAGCAUCACAAAGGUGAAAAGAAGGAGGAACUACAGGACACAGUGGAUGUAUGUGUUUUGACUCCUUCAAUUUUAGAAGAAGAGUAUGAAAGCAACGAGUGUUACACUGAUGAAAACAAAAUGGAUCAGGACAGACUGAAAGGACAGGAGUCAUUGUCCCCAUGCUGCAGGCUCAGCAGACAGCUGCUAGAGGUGGUAGAGAAGGACAUCUCAUGGGACUCUCCAGAUGAAUGCUACUUGACAUACCCAGUGCUUCCCGACCUGUCUGACUCCUACUGGCCUUACAGGAGCGCCGCCAUCUUCUCACCUGAUAACCCAGAAGUCUGUUCCUCUCUGGAAGGGGCCAAAAAUCAAUUCCAUUAUGAGGAGAAAGAAGACCAAGACCUGAUAUGUCCCGGGCUCAGCAUGAAGCUGCCAGAAGUAGAAGAGGAGGAUGCCCAAGGGGACUCACUGGAUGAAUGCUCUUUGACUGAUUCACCCCCUCCUGAAUCGUCUGACCAGCAUGCAACUUAUAGGAGGGCUGACAGCAACUCAUUUAAAGAUCUGGACAUCUGUUCUGCUCUGGAAUUAACUAGCGAGUCUUCCAUUGUCAAAGUGAUAAAGCUCCAACUGGACUCCCAAGUUGACCCCCUAUGUUUGGUUAAAUCCACCAUCGAUCUCAUCUAG